GAAGAAAAAUAGUAUACACAACCAAAAACGGAUGAGAUUGCCAUGUCACAAUUUCCACUUAUUUCGCAAUAAAAUAAAACCAAUUGCCAUUUGUGUGGUAAUAAAAUAGAUUAAUAAAAUCUCUCUUUAAGAUUCAUUUUUUUCAAUCUUACCGAUAUAUUAGCCGUGUCUCUGUUAAUAAUAUCACGUAACACAAGCAUAUCAUAGAAAUUAAAAAUUCACAUAUUGAAGAAAGAAAAAAACAAUGGAAAGAGUGUUUUCAUUGGUUGAAAUAUCAGAGCAAGAUUGGUUAACAUUGAAUGGGUGCAAAGAAAGAGAUUCAAAGAUGAAUAGAAGUGAAUCUGAAUGGGCUUUAGAACAGUUUUUAAAACAAGAUGCUGAAGAAACAAACAAUACUUCAAAUGCAAUACCAUGUAGUUCUUCUUCAACUUCAACUUCUUCUUCAACCGUUGAUGUUAAACUUAACAUAAACAAUAACAAUAAUAAUAAUGAUACUGUUUCUCUCAAGACCAAGCUUGAUCUUGCCUGCGCCGCUGUUGCUAAGCAAUUGGGAUCUUUGGUCAACUCUAACGAUCCUGACAAUGGAUCACUGGCAUCUCAUCCACCUCUUCCUGCUUUAAAAGAAUCUGGCCCUUCUGGAAAUGAUCCAUCUAAAUUUCAAAAUAAAGAUGUGAAAGUAGCUGCUGGAGUUCCUUCCAUGCAAAAGAAACCUGCUGUAUCAAUCAGGUCAACAACAAGUGGUUCAUCAGAUGGUGAAGAAGCUGAGGGAGAGAGUAAUAUGAAUGGAGACAUGAACCCUGAUGCAAAAAGAGUUAGGAGGAUGCUCUCUAAUAGGGAGUCUGCGAGACGCUCGAGAAGAAGAAAGCAAGCUCAUUUAACUGAGCUUGAAACGCAGGUCUCUCAAUUAAGAGAUGAAAAUUCUUCAUUGAUACAGCGUUUAUCAGAUGUGAACAAAAAAUACCGUGAUUCUGACCAUGAAAACAGAGUAUUACAGGCUAAACUUGAAACAUUAAGAGCACAGGUUCAGUUGGCUGAAGCUGAAGGGAGGUUUGUACGACGUCCUGGGUUGAAUCCAAUGGUGCGUCCUGGGUUGAAUCCAAUGGUUAAUGCAAUGCCUGAGAUGUCAUCAGUAAUGGGAAUGGAAAUGUCAUUAUUUGAUCGAAGCCCUUCUGAGUCAUCAGCCGAUGCAUUUGUGCCCGUGCAAGAACAUCGAAAUAAUAACUUUUUUCAACCAACUUCUGAUAAUCUUAUGUCUGGUCGCGAUAUGAGAGGGGUCAAUAAUUGGUUGGGAGGCAAUGUUUCGUCAGCUGAAAGUGUGCUGAAGAACACUCCAGCAGGUGGGAACGCGCUGACGAAGACAAGUAAUAGAAUAGUUUGAUUGAUUACAUGAUGUUUUCAUGAACACAUUGUUCUGAAACAACAUUAUUAGUUUGUUCUUUUUGUAAGUAAAGACCUAUUCUUGUUGACAGUUGAGCUUCGUUUAACUGAAAAAUUCAUUAGUUAGGAAUUAGGAUAGCAAAUAGGUUAAUGGAAACAAAUUCUUGUAGAAGCAUAUUUGGAACAUAUAUUGUUAACUUUAUAAAUGGUUUCUAAUUU